UUCACAGAGUCCCCUGAAAAUAAAAUUAUAUUUCAGAAAGUGAAAAUAAGAAGUAGCUGCUGACACAAAGACAAGUUUACUACAGAUCAUUUCUUGAGGAAAAUUUUCUAAGAUGUGGUGAAGAGACUGUAUUUUCCCCUGUGCGGUAUAUAGUGCCUUAAAAAAUGGGGUUUGGAGGUGAACUGAAGUAUUCUCAUGAUGCUUUAAUAAAACUGCAAGACUGGGAACUACGACUGCUGGAAACGGUCAAGAAAUUCAUGGUAAUGCGAGUAAAAAGUGAUAAGGAGUAUGCCUCCACUUUACAGAAUCUUUGUAAUCAAGUAGAUAAAGAGAGCACUUGUCAAUUGGAUUAUAUCAGCAAUGUGUCCAAGUCUUGGUUGCUUGUGGUACAGCAAACAGAACAGCUGAGCAAAAUAAUGAAGACACAUGCAGAGGAUCUUAAUUCUGGGCCGUUGCACAGGCUUACAAUGAUGAUCAAAGAUAAGCAGCAAGUUAAGAAGAGUUAUGUAGGUGUUCAUCAACAAAUUGAAGCAGAGAUGUACAAGGUCACGAAGACAGAACUAGAAAAACUAAAGUCUAGCUAUAGGCAACUAAUAAAAGAAGUGAAUUCUGCCAAAGAGAAGUAUAAAGAAGCUGUGGCUAAAGGUAUGACUGACUUGUGUUAA